CUCUUUGUUUUAAACUCCGGCCGGAAUUUUUUCCUUCUUUUGGGGGGAGAGUCGGAGGGAGUGGAGGCCCCCCCCGCGGGCGGACACGGCGCCCCGCCGCCCGGCCCCCGCGCCGCCAGGCACCAUCCUGUGGGUUUCAAGAGCUGCUGACCAGAGGAGUUUAUGGAAGGCUCAUUUUGCAUUGAGCUCUGUAAGGCUCUUGGAUGACUUCACUUCAUGCAAGUCUGAAUGAAGUCCUCUGUCUCAUUCGCUAUACACGUUUCAACUUCUACAACAGAUGAGACAGAAGUUCAACAGACAACAGCCUGCUUCCCUACACAGCACUGAUUUAUUCCCUGAGCAGCAUCCAUCCUGUCCACUGAAUGAAGCAAGGGUCCUGUGGAAAAAAUAGUAAAAUAAAGAGAAUUAUGUGCAAAUAACCCUCCAGAAUCAGCAGAGUUGGAACUCUGGGCUUCCAGCAUUGCAGCACAGAUUACUAGCACCUGUGCUAAGAUAUUAAUUACAAAUGCUGACAGAAGGAAUAACCUGUUACCAUUUGUGCAUCACCCACUAGGAGAUGCUGUUGCAUAAUACGCCAUAACAUGAAGAGAACUUGAGACCGAUUUUUGGAAUACUGUUUGUAAAUUUUUUUCAGAUGAGGAGACCCAGCGCUUAAAUUGGAUGGAAACUCAAAUACUGGAGAAACUAGGGUCUCUGGAUGGCAGACUCUGAAAAGAAAUGCAGUUUUAAGAGACACCAAAGAUGCUGACUAGAAAGAUUAAACUCUGGGAUAUUAAUGCCCAUAUAACCUGUCGUCUCUGCAAUGGAUACCUUAUUGAUGCCACCACUGUAACAGAAUGCCUGCAUACCUUCUGUAGAAGUUGCCUGGUGAAGUAUUUGGAGGAAAAUAACACCUGUCCAACAUGUAGAAUUGUUAUACAUCAGAGCCAUCCACUACAGUAUAUCGGUCAUGACAGAACAAUGCAAGAUAUUGUUUACAAACUUGUGCCAGGCCUUCAAGAUGCGGAAAUGAGAAAGCAGAGAGAAUUCUAUCAUAAACUAGGCAUGGAAGUACCAGGGGACAUCAAAGGGGAGACCUGCUCUGCUAAGCAACAUUUAGAUUCGCAUCGGAAUGGUGAAACUAAAGCUGAUGAGAGUUCAAACAAAGAAACAUCAGAAGAAAAACAGGAAGAAGAUAAUGACUAUCACAGAAGUGAUGAACAGGUGAGCAUCUGCUUGGAAUGCAAUAGCAGCAAAUUGCGUGGAUUGAAACGAAAAUGGAUCCGCUGCUCAGCACAAGCAACAGUCUUACAUCUGAAGAAGUUCAUUGCCAAAAAACUUAAUCUUUCUUCUUUUAAUGAGCUGGAUAUAUUAUGCAAUGAAGAAAUUCUUGGCAAGGACCAUACGCUCAAAUUUGUAGUUGUCACUAGAUGGAGAUUUAAGAAAGCACCUCUCCUGCUACAUUACAGACCCAAAAUGGACUUGCUGUAAGAGACCUUUAUUGUCCUUCUGGACAGCGUUUUUUGCAGAGACUAUCAUCAGGCACCUUCUUAGUGCAUCACUUAACUCACAUGUGACACGAACCAGCAGAAUUGUUUUGGAAGACUAUAGUGCUCUCACAGCCAACCAACCUUCUGAAUAUUUCUUCUGGAGAUGUGUUGCCCAGAUUUCUGGACAGAAAAUAUUUAUACUUUUUUUGUACGAAAGAAAUAAAUCACAAGAGGACACUACCAGCACUAAGUUUACAGAUCCUGAAAACACUUCACAGUUCCAUGUAGCUCAACUUCAUUCAUCUCUUUGCUGCAGUUCCACAAAAAUAAGUUAAAAUGUUGUAGGGGUUUAAAGGUUGUCUUUGACACCAAAAUUACCUUUAGUUACUUUCCAUCUUUUGAAACUUCUAAAGCUUAUUUUGAGAUAUUCUGCAAGGUGUUCCGUCUGACAUAGUAUGGCUCAGUUACUUUGGCUUUCAUUGAGCCCUUUGAAGAGCAUUGAACGUACCUUAUGAUUAUAGAGACUGGUGAUAUUUAUGCUGCAUUAAAAACUUCCUAAAAAACUAGGCAUCUGAAAACUUCAUGAGUUUCACACAGUGCUUGAUCUCAUUUUAUAUUUCAUUAAUGUUUUGGCAUCCUCUGCAUGUUUUGAUGAGGCUAAUGAAAAUGAGUUUACUUUUUUAACAUGGCCCAAUAUUUUGCUGUGACAUAAAUUGCAUCCGAUCAUAACACAAGAGUACUCCAAGUGCUAAAUUUGUGAAUUUUAAGGUAGACUUGUCUUAUACAGUAAGGGCUUGCAGAAAUUUAUUUUUUCUUCACGGAGAAUGUUUUUUCGCUAAAUUUGUAACUAGUGGUUAAAGCAUUUUUAUUUUGAGAAACACCCCAUAGAAACAUUACACAAGUUUCCAUUUCACUGGUUUAAAAAUUCAGUUGUUAAUUACUGACCAGUUCUAGAUUUCCUUUAAUGGUUUCCUUAAAAAGCCAUUGUUUUCUUUAGUGUCAUCAUUAGCUAUCUUGGAGGUCAGACUAGAUCGCAGCAGUACCUUCUGGCCUUAAAUCUAUUAAUCUAGAUUUUGUGUUCAGCCUCGAGAGAUGCAGGACACUAUGUAUGUCAUCAAGUCCGCGCUCAGAUAAUGCUUAGAGGGGUGUUAACUAAAAAAAAAAAAAAACCUUGAAAGGCUUUUAAAAAUAGGUGACUUAAAAAAACUGUUAAUAUUGGUUGAAAGUGAUUUCUGCAGGCGAUAUACUGUAUAACAUAAUAAAAAUAUGAAAUGUUAAAAUGUUUGACUGGCAUGGGGGAUUGUAAGAUACUGAAAAGAGGGUGUGCAGUAUGACACACUGGCAGCUGGAGGUUAUUACUUUCUUUUUAAAUGCUCAGGAGGGAAAGUUCCCCUGUCAGCUGAAAACCAGUUUUGUAUACAUAUUAUUAAACCCUUUUAUUCCUCCAUAAGGCAAAUCUCACUGGCUAACAUAAGCAUUAUGCCUGUUGGCACCACCCUACUCCAUCCAGUUGUGCUCCUCUGCCCUGCAAGAAAUCAUUAUUUAAAAUUAGAUUUAACAUCAGGAAGUAAAUGCUGAGAAAUACUGGCUUAUCCAAACAUGUACAUUCGCUUUUCUCCUGGGUCUGAAAGAAAUCCACCGCCUCCCCAAAACAGCAUGUUCCUGUGUGCCUCCUUACACGUACUUGCCUGGAGCCUGCCGGUCCUCCAUUUGACUCCUCUCUUAGUUUUCCUACUGCCACACUUGUGAGAGGGAACACAAUCUCACCUGUAUAUAUUUCAAAACAGCGUUAUAAAGCUGCGUUCUUUUAUUUUUAUUCAUAAUCGUAGAGAUGAAUGAGGCGGAAAUCAGAAUGGGUGCAAAUGGAGAAACAAGGGAAUCUACUGGACUAGUAGGAGUGCCAUCUCUGCAAAUCUAGGGCAGGAGAGAUGUAAAUGUACUGAGGGCUCAUUGGGCUAGGCAGGACAACUUCACAUCUAGGCCUUGGAGGGUGUGGGGAAUAGAGUUUGGCUUUGGUUUGAUUUUUCUGUUCCUAUAUGCACCUACCUGCAGUUCAGCUUUUAUCUAUGUAUAACAUGACGAAAAAAUAGAAGUGUCAGAAGAGGAAAGGAGAGACUUCAGUAGUUUAGUUCUAGCAACUGGCCCUUUGUGAGCUUUUCACAAAAUGAACCUAGGCGACGUGACCCUAUAAGUCCGUUGAUUUACCAGGACUUUGUGGAACUGUUAAUCAGUUGUCCGCAUUGUGGGGUGCGUCAGAGAACUUCAACCAAAUGACCCUAUCCUAAUCAAUCUGAUUAAUUUGCAUCUAAGGGUUUAAUAAAUAUAUAUACAUGAUGUGUCUACCUCAAAACAUGCACUGCAGCAGCAUUUUGUAAAACCAGACGUUACUGUAGUGCCAUUGAAGUACAUCAGAAUUUGAAUAUUUUCCUGUGUAAUUAAACUGAGGAGCAAUUAAACAGAUGAACGUGCAAAUUCAAAAAACCCUCUGCCAUUCAGUUUUAACUCUCACUGUAGCAAUCUACAGUACAGAACAUAUAUUUGUAAGUUUGUAGCUAUCUUUGGAAUCACUUGAAUUUGCUAUGGUGCUAUAUCAAUAUAUUUAAAUAUCUGUUGAUAUCUGUAUAGAUACGUAAAUCUGAAGCCUGUAUUGACACCAACAGCUGGUUAUAGCUCAUAAUUGUGUGUAACUCUGCUUUUUUUAAAUGUAUUAACCUGAUAAAACCUCAGUGGUAAAAAUACCUAUUUUUCUAAAUUGCAUCAUGUCAGAAUAGCUUCACUACAGAAACUAUUUCCCAGAGGGGUUUGCUGCACCAUUUGGUUUCAUUUUAACUUUGUAGAAAGAGUAGCAUACAAUUAAAUUCAACAGUCAGUGUGAGACCUUAAGGAUUCUAUUUCUGAAAGUUCUGUUUUACUUCUGUGAAGCUUAAGAGACAGUUGAUUUAAUGUCAAAACUAUAUUGGGGAAAAAUAACUAUUGAUUUUUUUAAGUAUUGUUUAAGGUCUGAAAGUCAGGCUCAGCUUAGAUAUCUCUUGGUCCUGCUUGGUCAUGUUCAGUUUAUUUUGGUUUUAGUGAAGAUGGAGUUACUGUGAAGUAGUUUUCACAACUGCUUACGCUGGUAAAUAAUUGCAGUACAAGUAUCUUGUUGCAUUAUCCUCAGCAGCAAUGAGACUAAUUACCCAGGCUCAUAGUCUCACUAGAUAUAGUUUUCAUUUAAAAUAGAGAAUUCAGAUAGAAUAUAUAAUAUUGAAUUUAAAUAAGAUUUGGGGGUUUUAAAAAAAAUUAACUUUAUAAAAUUAUUUAUUCUAUUUUAAGCCUUCUAUCUUAUUUUACCAUCCAAGUAUUUUGGUUUCUAUGGUCCAGCUUUAUUUACGGGCAUAUAAAAUGAAAUUGUGAGAUGUUUUUACAAGCUUCUUCCUUUUACUUUGAGUUUGAGUAGUUUUUAUUUGAUGUUUUUGUAUGGAUAAAGAGCAUUACUUAUGCUUUUGUGCAAUAGGUUUGAAACAUGCAUUUAUAAGGCAUAUGUUUAAAUUGUAAAUGUAGCAUCUACUUACCGCUAAAUUGAGAAGGAAUGUAGGUGGGAUUUUUAAAAUGUACAUUCAAAUGGGUUUUUGUUUGGUUUUUUUAAUUUUCAUUUUUUAUUUUUUUUUUAUUUUUAUUUUGAAGUGAAGUUUGGGGUUUUAAAAUUGUGUGUAAGUGCAAGAACUACCUGUCAGCAAUAUUUUAAAAUAAAUGAUCUGGCAAGAAACCUUAAUGUGAAUUGUGGAAGCAAUCUGCAAGACUUGCAGCCUAUCCGAAAUUGUUUUUGUGCCAUUGUUAUGUCUGGUAUCUUUGUGUACCAUCUAACCUGGGAAUAUUUAUUUUUUAUUGGUUGUGCAAUACUAUACACAACACUAUAACCUCUGGGGAUAUGGGACCAUAUGAAAUAUCAGACUACAACUAUGAUGGUGCUAUUUUUUCCAAUAGGCUAUGAGCCUUUGAAAGCUUAUCUGGCUCUAUUGUCUUCGUAACAGCAUAAUUAGUCUUAGGAGAAUCUUACCAUUGAGAUAAAUGUAAUAGGAAAAAGCCAACCAGUUUUUACAUCAACAGAUGAAUCUUUGAUAAAUUUAUAUUGUAAUCAGUACUUAAGAAAUGCAUUUAAUGCAGACAGCGUAAACUGUACUCUACAGAAAAAUCCACUUUCUGUAUUUCCUCAGGUAAUCACUUCAGUUCAGAUGCUUCACUGGAAGUUUUAAAGCAACCUACUCAUUUGUUCCUCUGCUUCAAAGUUAAAGAAAAGAAAAAAUCCCAUAUAGGCUAGAAUUUUUGCAUAACUUAACUAUGCUUAACUAUAACGGAGAGGUUCACUUAACAUUUCCUUAGGUACCAGGUGCAGAGAGAACGCUUAUUUUAAGGUGCAUAAUUUAACUUUGAACUGCGUUUUGAUGAAAGCGGAGAUUAGGUACAGAUUUUCUGGAAACUUGCUCCUCAUGGUAAGCCCACUUUUUUAUUUUUAUUUUAUAUUAUUGAGUUUGAAUUUGCUCAUGUACAAACUUAAUAUCCAGUCCUGCAAUCUGAUCCACCUGGCAGAUCCUUAUGCCCUCGCAGAAUCCAGUUGAAGUCAAUGUGGCCUGCCCCAGAGCAGAUUGUAGGAUUGGGGCGUAAAUGUCCAAUACUGCAAAUGCUGACCUUGUAACUUUACUCACAUGGAUGGUUCUAUUUCAGUCCAGUGGGAUUAUUCACAGGAGCAGAGUAACUUAGCAGCAUGCCUGCAGAAGUUCUUAUGAUUUACAACAUUGGUUUAAUAUAAUCCUGAACAUCCAAAUGAUUUAACUGGACAAAAGAAAACUUUUUUUUCUGGAACAAGAUUAAUUUAGGGUUAAGGGACAAUAAGCCAGUGCAACCACUAAGCCUUUAUCCUCAAUAUGUGGUAAAAUAAAGAUACUGAAACUAUCACAGUAUAAAAUCAUAUUUUUGACUUAGUUUCAUUUGAAAGUUUACAUUUUUUUUAUGCUUUGUGUUGCUGUGUAAUUUUUGUACUAUUGGUGGCUAGUUUUUGUCUGAAUAAGCCUUUUGGGAUUAUUGCUUAAUGUUUUGAUUUUAUGAUAGUGAAGCUUGUAUUCAGUGUUUUGCCAAUUAAUAUUAUAUGCUUGUGAAUAAAAGCAAAAAAGCUAACUAAAA